AUGAUAGCCGCGAGGAUCUCGCAUGGUGGAGGGACACGAUCCUGUUAUUCAACGGCAUCCAUCUCUUCGAGGAGAGCCGCCCCCCUAGUUGCCCUCUACACAGACGCGUGCGACUCAGGUCUGGGCCUCUUCUUCUUUUAUGCGCCCUCACGGGACUCCGCCAGAGACUGGACGUCUGCAGCAACCUACCUGCCUUCCACUCAUGCGGCUAUUGUGGACGCCUCCUCCGCCUGCGCUAGCGAGGCCCACAUUAACACCAAGGAGGUUACCGCAAUUCUGCAGGCCUUCCUUCUACACAGCCUCCAUUGGGCUCAUCAUCGUGUCCUCGCUUUCACGGACAGUGCCGUCGCGUUCGAUGGCCUGUCUAAGCAGGCACUCCGCGGGCCGGCCCAUCGCCAACUGCUCAUACUCUUUAGCAUAGCAGCCGCCCUUGACAUAGAAAUCCAGCCACACUGGCUACCUUCAUCAGAGAACCUGCUAGCUGACGCAUUAUCCCGUUCCGACUAUGGUUCCAUCGCUGACAUUUGCCCACAGUGGACGAGCUCCUUUCCCUUGCUCCGCCAGCCUAUUUUCGUGAGUGCCGGUCAUGCUAAGCUGGUCUGGAAUGGUCUUGCAGAGGGAACGAGAAAGGGAUACCGCUCUGCACAGCGCUCAUACACCCGUAGCUGCGCCCUCAAUGGAUUACAGCCGUGGCCAGCAACAGCACCAGCGAUCUACACUUGGCUCACGGAACGACUGCUGGGCGCAGGUAUGAGCCCACCAGUGAAGCCGGAUACAGCUAUGUCUGAGCUCUCAGCUAUUCUGGACAUUGAAACCUCUGAAUAUGCCGUUAUCCGUACUAACCGGGGCGAACUGAAAGCCAGAAACGUGAUCCAUGCCGAGAAUGCAUGGGUUGGCCAUCUCAUUCCGGAACUUCGACCAUUCGUCUCCCCUGUCCGAGUCAAUGUAGUGCACUUUGGAGCUCUAUCAGAUGACUCGAAUUUGAGCGUUGUUGAUAAAUCGCCGUUCAAUUUGGAUAGCAAAUAUUCUCUCUGGCUACGAUACGGUGAAAAGGAUUACUCUCCGCGCGUACCACGUCGACAACGGUCUUUCUGA